UUCCCCCGCCGCCACCACCACCACAACCACCAUCAUGCGGCGAAGUCCCCCUCAGCGCGAAGCUUCGUCGCCUUUUCUCCCCCCAACCCCGCCCGCCCACCGCGCCCGCGUCGGAGGGGAAAGGAGGCGCCCGCGCGCCCCCAAAUAGAAGGCCUAGGGAGCCUGAUGCCUGAGAAUACCAGGCUUGGAGGGUAGAUCUAAUCCUACUCGCGGCUAAAUUGGAAGAAAAUGAUGAUGGGAAAAGAGGACAGAUAUGUGAGAUUUCAGGACUGGAGAUCAGAGCAGUCUGUUAGCUCAGAGAACAUAGUUGUUCCUCGUAGAAAUGAUGUUUCAGUUUUCGAUUCACUUAAAGAAAGAACUGCCAGAGUUUUUGCAUUCCUUGGAAACCUUUUGCACUCAGAAACCUCAAAUAGAUCAAUGGUGAACGAAAGAAAGUCUGCAACAGGAACUCUUCAUCCCCAAGGGCCAUUUCUACAAAAAUGGAAUAGGAUAUUUGUGAUAUCAUGUAUAUUUGCAGUUUCAGUGGACCCAUUGUUCUUAUAUAUCCCAGUUAUCAGUGAUGAAAAACCUUGCUGGUACUUGGAUAGAAAGUUGGAAAAGGCAGCAAGUGUCCUGCGUUUUUUCACAGAUAUUUUCUACAUACUCCAUAUCAUAUUUCAGUUCCGGACAGGCUUCCUUGCAUCAUCUCCUACAACUUUUGGUCGGGGUGUCUUGAUUGAAGAUAGAUAUGCAAUAACCAAGCGAUACUUAUCAACAUAUUUUUUUAUUGAUGUCUUCGCUAUUCUACCCAUCCCUCAGGUCCUUGGAGCAAUUUGGUACUUACUUUCUAUCCAACGCCAAGAUUCCUGCUGGAGACAUCAGUGUAGAAACAAUACAACAUGUGCUGCAGAUGCUGCAUCUUUAUACUGUGGGGCUGUUCAUAAGAAUGAGACCUAUGCUUUUUUAAAUACUGUUUGCUUAUUAGGUGUCCCGACAAACAAUCUUCCAGAUCCAGUCUUUGGAAUUUAUGCGCCAGCUAUAAAAAAUAUAUCACAAUCAAGAAGUUUCUUUACAAAAUUGUUCUACUGUGUUUGGUGGGGUCUGCAAAAUCUCAGUUCUCUUGGCCAAAACCUGAAAACAAGCACUUAUGCAUGGGAGAAUUUAUUUGCAGUUUUUGUCUCAAUAUCAGGUUUAGUUCUGUUUGCGCUGCUUAUUGGUAAUGUGCAGACCUAUUUGCAAUCAGCUUCUCUGAGAAUAGAGGAAACAAGAAUGAAAAGCCGCGAUACAGAUCAGUGGAUGUCAUAUCGACAUCUUCCUGAGAAUCUCAAAGAAAGAAUACGACGUUAUGAACAGUACAGAUGGCAAGAAACAAGUGGUGUUGAUGAAGAACAACUCCUUAUGAACCUCCCCAAAGAUCUUAGGAGGGACAUAAAACGACAUCUUUGUUUAUCACUUCUCAUGAGGGUUCCAAUGUUUGAAAAUAUGGACGAACAGCUCUUGGAUGCCUUGUGUGACCGCCUAAAGCCCAUUCUAUACACAGAAGAUAGCUGCAUCAUUCGUGAAGGGGAUCCAGUAACCGAAAUGCUCUUCAUCAUGCGAGGAAAUCUAAUGAGCAUGACGACAAACGGUGGAAGAACUGGCUUCUUCAACUCCGAUGUUCUGAAAGGUGGAGAUUUCUGUGGCGAGGAGCUCCUCACCUGGGCUCUUGACCCCACAUCAACAUCAAGCCUCCCCAGCUCAACAAGGACGGUGAAAACUAUAUCCGAAGUCGAAGCUUUUGCUUUGAGGGCUGAAGACUUGAGGUUUGUGGCCACCCAGUUCAGACGACUCCACAGCAAGCAGCUCCAGCACACUUUCAGGUUCUACUCGCAGCAGUGGAGAACCUGGGCUGCCUGUUUCAUCCAAGCAGCCUGGCACCGGUACUGCAGGAAGAAGAUUGAAGAUUCCUUGCGCUUGAAGGAGAAGAGGCUGCAGUUUGCGAUUGUGAAUGAAGGCUCCACCUCUCACAGCUUCAUGGCAGCACUAUAUGCUUCACGUUUCGCUGGAAACAUGAUAAGGAUCCUGAGGAGAAACGCCACUCGCAAGGCGCGCCUCCAGGAACGAGUGCCUGCAAGGCUGCUGCAGAAGCCAGCGGAACCCAACUUCUCCGUAGAAGAGCAGUAGCUUGCUGUUGGGCUUUGCCUUUGGCAGAAAUGGAUACAAGUUGUUUGUGCACGACUUCUUCAGUUUUCCACUCGCUGAUACUGCUAAAGUUGGAACGGCCAAAGCAGAAAUGAGAAAAAAAACAGAGGAAAAUAUAGUGCUAGCAUAACUAGUUGGUGAUGUAGACGAUGCCUGCUUUUCAGAGCUUUUGAGUAGCGUUGUAUAUGCCUUACCUAAAAAAUGUAGCGGUUUAUGUGCUUGUUUAACGUAGGUGUGAUUAGCAAUGUAGUGGUACUAUACACUUCAAAAUAUAUGUGUAGUGAGCGAUGGUUUUAGUGUUCUGCGCAUGGUAGAUGGGACUGGUAAGUGCCAUCUGAACUUCACGUGGCAUGAACAAACUGCUCGUUUUGGUUUUA